UGAUAGAUCGCCCGGAGGCCGGCGGCAGGGCCGGCGGCUGGAGGCUCCUUUAUAUUGGCCCCAGGACAGGGGACAGGGAGGGGGAGGAGAGAGGGCGGGGGGAGGACCGCCACAUGGCGGUCGGCGCGCGUCCCAGGCCGCCCACAGGCACGGCGUGUCGAGGACGGCGGAGAAGCCCCGACACCCGCCCUAGUGCUGUGUCCACUGGUGGAAGAAGUCAUUCUCAUCCAGGAUGCGGAUGCCCUCGCAGAAGUGCGACACAUUGACCAGCCCGGUGCCGGAGGAGUCGAGGGUGCGCCAGCAACGCUCCGCCUGGUGGUCGGUCAGGUGCGUGAGGCCGAACUCGAAGAGGAGCUCGAAGAAGUCCAGCUUCGUCAGCAAACCGUCGGCGUCCGAGUCGAACAUGGUGAACAGCGACCGGGCCGCCGCCUCCUGGCGCUCGUCCCAGAUGAUGACCCCCGGCACGUCGGACGAGAUGGCGAUGUGGCUCUGGGCCAGCGGCAGGUCGCCGACGGCCGGCCCCCCGGCCAGGGCAUCCCCCGACGUCACACCGCCGGAGCUCGAGAUCACACUCGCCGGGACCGGGCCGAUCAGACCACCAACACCGCCGGUGAACUGGCUGGCGCCCGCGCCGGAGCCAGAGGCCGACCCGGCCAAGGCACCGCCGGUGGCACCGGCUCCGGGGCCGGCCACCGGGGACGCUGGGGCCGAGGAACCCGGCGAAGUCGGACCCACCCCGGCGGAGGACACCGACGAUGUCGGCCCAAACAAAUCCCCCGAGGGCCUGGGAUCGCCGGUGCCCAGGAAGCUACCCCCAUCCAGCACGGUCACAUACCGGCAGGGGAAGGUCCCACUGCGGCGAUUGGCCAGCGAGCCGACCCACGUGCCGCCGGCAUUCUUCUUGUGGAUCAUCACCACAUCCCCACGACGGAAGCCGAGGGCCCCCUCGUCAUAGGCAUUCGGCGUGUAAUCCUGCGUAGCCCGGGCAUAGAAGAUCACCGGGCCCAGGGCCGGGUGUGCCCACCGGGGCCCGGCGCCGACAUCCUCCAGAGGAGCCGACGCCGGCGAGCUACUUGUCGAGGAGCUUACCGAGGAGGCCACCGAUGAAGGCCCCUGGCCGGGGGUGCUGGAAUCGAGGCCGGCACCACCGCCACCAGUGGCAAUCGUGGCACUGCUGGCGCUGGCGCUGGCGCUGG